AUGGCCGACGCCACCCCCCAGGAAAAUGACCCUGACCAAAUCUCGGCUGCUCCCAAUCGCAUCCGCUAUGCCGACGAUGUCGAGGCUCAGCGUCGCAGGAGCCUGCGUCGUCGUGCUUCCAAUGCAUCCGAUCUUUCUGCUCGCACUUCGCGCUCCUUUGCCCGUCACGAGGUCGAGCCCGGCGUUGCACUGCCCAUUCACUUCCGCACUCUUUCGUUCAACGUCGAGCAGACCCAAGCCAAAGAGGCCGAGGAGGCAGACCUCAAGGAAAAGGAGAAGGAGAAGGCAAAGUCGAAGAAGAAGAAGUUCGAUGCUGAGUUUGACUAUGCCACCGUCGACUGGCACAAGAUCACGACCCAGGAGCUGUGCACUCGCCUCUCGACUUCCCUCCAGCAGGGUCUGUCGGCCGAUGGAGCCGCCCGCAAGCUCAAGGAAUACGGACCCAACGCCCCCUCGCCGCCUCCCUCGACAUGGUUUCGCAGAUUCGUCGGAUACUUUUUCGGUGGCUUCGGCACCAUCCUCUUGAUUGCCUCGAUCCUUGUCUUCGUCGCAUGGAAGCCUCUUGGAGACCCUCCUGCUCCCGCGAACUUGGCCUUGGCCAUUGUGUUGCUUGUCGUCUUCUUCAUCAAUGCGGCCUUCAACUUCUACCAGGACUGGUCCAGCUCUCGCGUCAUGUCGUCCAUCAAGACGAUGCUUCCGGAAGAGUGUCUCUUACUGCGCGACGGCACCAAGCAGCACCACCCCGGCGCCGACAUCGUCCCCGGCGACGUCCUCUAUCUCAAGAUGGGCGACAAGCUCUCUGCAGAUGUUCGCUUCGUCGAAGUGUCGCCAGAUGCGAAGUUCGAUCGGUCCAUCCUCACUGGCGAGACGGUGCCUCUUCGCGGUACCGUCGACUCGACGGAUGAAAACUUCCUCGAAACUGCUUGCAUCGGUAUGGCUGGUACCCACAUUGUGUCGGGCUCGGCUGUUGGUGUCGUCAUUGGCACUGGUGACCGAUCAGUCUUCGGUCGGCUUGCGAAGCUCACGAGUGCGCCUAAGACGGGCUUGACGAGUCUUGAGAAGGAGAUUUACUACUUCGUUGGCAUCAUCGUCACCAUCAUGAUCACCAUGGUCGUUAUCGUCAUUGCCGUCUGGGCUGGCUGGCUGCGCCGCGAUCACCCCGACUGGAUCAAUGUCUCUCUUCUCAUCGUUGACUGUGUCAGCGUAGCCGUCGCCUUUAUCCCUGAAGGUCUCCCCAUCGCUGUCACGGCCAGCUUGACAAUCGUCGCCAACAUCAUGAGGCAGAACGCAAUCCUCUGCAAGUCUCUCAAGACGGUCGAGACACUUGGCUCUGUCAGCGUCAUCUGUUCCGAUAAGACUGGCACCCUCACAAAGAAUCAGAUGCGUGUGACUGACUGCCUUGUUGGUUGCGACGCUCUGACUGCUACCGAAGCAGCUGGCAAGGUGCAGCUAUCUCGCGUCGCAGUUGACAUCGCCGAGCCAUCGCUGGGUUGCAGACAGCUUGCCGUUGUUGGCGGCGUCUGUAAUGCCGGCGAGUUCGAUGCAUCGACCAUGAACAAGCCCCUUUCCGAGCGCAAGAUCAACGGUGACGCUACCGACACGGCUGUCCUGCGCUUCUCCGAAGGCCUUCUGUCGGUCCAGGAAACGCGCCAGAAGUGGCGCAACGUCUACCGUGUCGCCUUCAACAGCAAGAACAAGUUCAUGAUCCAGGUUGCGCAGCGUGACGUUUACGAGCCUGUCGACGACGCCUUGUUUGAGAACGACAAUGCUAAGCCUGAGGACCAAGUGUUGAUGAUCAAGGGUGCCCCAGACAUCCUCAUGCCCAGGUGUACGCGCUACAUGGACUUCGAUGGCCACGCCCAGCCUCUCACCGAGUCGGAUCAGCGCUUCCUUGAGGACGCCAAGAACAUAUAUUCGAAGCAAGGAAAGCGUGUCAUCCUACUGGCCCAGAAGAUCUUGCCCAGGCACGUCUCUGGGCUUGCCGUCGAGUCUGCGCAGUACGAGAAUGCCAUCAUGGACGAGGCCAGCAGAGGCCUCCUUCUCAUCGGUCUCGUUGCCAUCGUCGAUCCUCCCAGAGACGAGAUCCCCGAGGUUGUGAAGACUCUUCGCGGUGCGGGUAUCAAGAUCUUCAUGGUCACCGGAGACUUCCAGCUGACGGCCGCCGCCAUCGCCGCCGAGUGCGGCAUCAUCACGAACCCGCCCGAGGACAUCCACGAUAUUAACUCACUGUCAAUGAAGUACCCCUCUCCGUCGGGCGAGAAGUCGAUGGAAGUCAUGCCCCGGACGCCCACGACGCCGGGUGCUCCGCGCUCGCUCGUCAUCAGCGGCGGCGACAUGAACAGCCUGACGGACGAGCAGUGGGACGUGCUGUGCAAGUACGACGAGAUCGUCUUCGCGCGCACGACGCCGGAGCAGAAGCUCAAGAUCGUGACGGAGCUGCAGGCGCGGCACGAGACGGUGGGCAUGACGGGCGACGGCGUCAACGACGCGCCGUCGCUCAAGCAGGCCGACAUUGGCAUCGCCAUGGGCGGCGGCAGCGACAUCGCCAUCGAGGCGGCCGACAUGGUGCUGCUCGAGUCGUUCGCGGCCGUCGUCGAGGCCGUCAAGUACGGGCGCGUCGUCUUCGACAACCUCAAGAAGACCAUCUGCUACCUGCUGCCGGCCGGCUCCUUCUCCGAGUUCUGGCCCGUCAUGACCAACGUGCUGUUCGGCCUGCCGCAAGUGCUGUCGUCGUUCCUGAUGAUCAUCAUCUGCUGCUUCACCGACUGCGCCGCCGCCACGGCCAUCGCCUACGAGAAGCCCGAGGCCGACGUGCUGCUGCAACGGCCCCGCAACCCGCGCAAGGACCGCCUCGUCGACUGGAAGCUCAUCCUGCACGCCUACGGCGUCAUAGGCGUCAUUCAGUCCGUCUCGUCCUUUGCCAUGUCCUACUGGUUCUGCCAGCGCCAGGGCCUGCCCUUUUCGGCGUUGUGGUUCGGCUUCGGAGCCGUGCCCGAGGGCAUGACGGCCGACCGCUACCAGCACAUCCUGAACCAGGCCAGCUCCGUCUACUUCGUCAACCUGGUCGUCAUGCAGUGGUUCAACCUCAUGGCCGUGCGCACCCGCCGCCUCUCGCUGCUGCAGCACCCCCCACUCUGGAUCAAGGAGACGCGCAACCUGUGGCUCUUCCCGGCCAUCCUCUUCAGCUUGGGCAUCGCCUUCUUGUUCUUGUAUCCCCAGAAGCUGCAGGACGUGCUCGGGACCACGAGCGUGCCCGUCGAGCACUGGUUUUUGCCCAUGGCGUUCGGCAUGGGCAUCUUGCUGCUGGAUGAGACGAGGAAGUGGGCCGCGAGGAAGUGGCCCGGUGGUGUCGUGGCGAAGAUGGCGUGGUAG